GCGCAACUAAACUAACGACAAGUCAAAUCGUACUUCUCCUUUCAUUAACUAUAUUUUCUUCACGAUUUCCUGCAAUUACAGACAUUAGACAUAGCCCCGCAUUCGAGGGCAACUCCUCUGUUUAACUUGUGAGUCAUUUCAUUUCCAAACGCAUCUUUUCUUCGCUUUGUUUCUUGCAUAGAGGUCCCAUCUUCCAAUCAUGUGAAUUUUAGAUAUGCGGAAAUGUUCAGAAUUGCUUGAUUUUACUGUUGUUCAAUUUUAAUGCCUACAUGAUGAUGAAAUCUAAGUUUGAGUGUGGAAACCAAGAUGCUAAUGUUGAUGAUGGAGAAAUUAAUAUGAAUAAUGGUCAACUGCUACUGCAAGACAUUCAAGAAAUAAGCAAAGCUCUUUAUGCCCCUUCUAGACCUUCCUUUUCCUCGGUCCAUAAUCGAUCCAAGUCUGCGGGAAAAACCCGUUUGUCGAAACCUCAAGUUGCCCUAACCCCGGGAUUUCUAAAGGAAGAUCUGUUGCCUAAGGACAAGAAGUUGUCUUCAGCGUGGAAUUGGAAGAAGCCCUUGAAAGCUUUGACCCAUUUUGGUGGUCAAAAGUUCAAAUGUUGCUUUAACCUUCAUGUCCACUCUAUUGAGGGCCUUCCUUUGAGUUUUGAUGGCAUUAGGUUGUGUGUGCAUUGGAAAAGGAAAACCAACAUUUUGCAGACGUGCCCGGCAAGGGUUUUCCAGGGUGUUGUGGAGUUCAAUGAAACUUUGAGUCAUGGAUGCUCUGUUUAUGUUAGUCGCACUGUGUCUGGUCACUCUGUCAAGUAUGAGUCUAAGCGUUUCUUGAUAUAUGCCUCUAUUGUAGGAGCUCCUGAACAUGACAUAGGAAUCCAUCAGGUUGAUCUCACAAGGCUUUUACCUCUGACUUUAGCAGAGUUAGGGGGUGAUAGAAGUUCAGGGAAAUGGAGCACAAGUUUUAGGUUGGCAGGAAAAGCUGUAGGAGCGAGCCUAAAUGUUAGUUUCAGCUAUCAAGUAAUGAAGGAUGAGUUAAUGGAAUUUGGUGGUGAUAAUUUGAAUGUUUUCAACCUUGUUAAUCUGAAGCCAGGCAGGCCAAGCAGCACUAGCAGUGUUAUGGAUUUUAGUCCUAUCCCUUUUCAUUCUGAUGAUAUGAUUUUAUCCUGUGAAACAUUGAUGAAUUCCAGCUCAAGUCUUUCCAAAUCAAUCAGUUUCCUAUAUCAAAAGCUUGAUGAAGGGAACAUUCAUAAUUCAGCACGAGCAGACUCAGAACAUUUUGAACCACUUAAAUCCCAUGGUUUUACAGAAUCAGAGUCACCUCUAGAAUCAAAUCAAGAUGAACCUGAUGACUCUGAAUUUUCCAUUAUUGAACAACAAGUAGAAACAUUGGAAGGGGAUUCCUUGGAACUUGAUCAGACAGGAAAUCAAACAGUUGAUUUGUCAACAGUUGAUAUUAUUAAUGUGGAUGAUAUUGUUAAGGAAGAUGGCAUAUUUGUUGACAAGAACACAAGAUUUGAUUUGAUGGAUAGCAUAUGCACUAGUUGUGUAAAUGGGACUAUGGCAGAUGAUGGCAAACAUAAACGCAGUAGUUCAUGUGUCAGUAUAACUUGCAUCAAGGAUGCAGAUAUGCUUCCUGAGACAUCAGAUUUUAUUGACCAAGGAUGCUACCUUAAUGUUAAAUCAAAUUAUAAAUCACAUAGAAUGGCAAAAAAAUCAAGUAGCUUGGAUUUUAUCACUGAAUCUAUUGCAAAUGAUUUCUUAAACAUGCUGGCCAUGGAGAGCGGUUCAUUUGGCUCAAGUUGCAAUGGUGAUCCCCUGUCUCCCAGAGAGAAGCUUUUAAGACAGUUUGAAGAAGAGGCUCUAGUUUCUGGUAACUUCACUUUUGAUUUCAAUGCAAAUGAAGAGGAAUUGGGGACAGAUGCAGUUGGAGAUAGCUAUCAGGAUUGUACUGUGGAUUCAGAUUUGUCUUUAUUUAUUCAAGCUGCUGAAGAGGAGCAUGCAAGGGAGAAUCACUUAUUAAUGCAGAGAAGGAAGGCCAAAAUUCUUGAAGACCUGGAGACUGACUCAUUAAUGCAACUGUGGGGCUUAAAUGAGAAGGAUUUUGAAAAUUCUCGGGGAACUUGUUCGGGUGGUUUUGGAAGUCCAAUUGAACUACCCAAUGAAGAAUCCUCCAUAUUACCUUCAAUUGGACAUGGACUUGGUUCAUUUGUUCAAACUAUGGGUGGAGGCUUUUUGAGGUCCAUGAGUCCUUCCCUAUUCAGAAAUGCUAAAAAUCGUGGGAACCUCAUCACUCAGGUUUCUAAUCCAGUUGUUUUACCUGCAAAAAUGGGUAAUGAUAUACUGGAGAUACUGCAGCAUGUGACUUAUGAUGGAGUGGAAGAACUGUGUCAUCAUAUCUAUAAAUUAAUGCCUUUGCAAGAUAUCACCGGGAAAUCCAUUGAGCAUAUUGUGCAGAAAGCCACAGCCAAUGAAAGGGCUUCUGUAAGGCAGGGGUCAUGGCAGCAUGAUUUGUUUGAAGAAUUUCCAUGUGGUUAUUUAACAGAGGAAGGCAUGAGCUUGGACAGUGUGUCUCUUGAAGCUAUAGGUCCCAUGACUGUUAAUAAGAUUGAAGCCCUUUUGAUCGAAGGGUUGAGAAUACAGUCUGGUAUGUUGUAUGAGGAGGCACCAUCAUAUAUCCAUCCCCAACAUGCAAAGAUGCCUGCUGUUGGAAGCAGAAGAACCAACUGGAGGGGAUUUCCCACAUCAGAGAGAAUUGCUAAAUUGCAACUAGAAGAUUGUGGAGAAACUGGCAAUGAUAAUGAUGGACUAAUGGGGCUGUCAAUAACAUUUGAUCAGUGGUUGAGAUUGGAUUCUGGCAUUAUUGAAGGAGAUCAGAAUUCAGAGCAAAUUUUGAAGAUCCUUGAAGUACACCAUUCUAAAAUCACAGAGUUAGAUGAAUUGAAACAUGCCAUUGACUGGUUAAAAUCAUAUGGAAGAAAGCUCGGACAUUAUGGACUCUUAGGGAACCACCUAACAGUGGCUUUUAUGAUCCAGCUCAGAGAUCCUCUACGAAAUUAUGAGCCAGUUGGUGUUCCAAUGCUGGUUCUGACUCAGGUGGAAAGAGUUUGCAUAUGUGCUACACCGGAAGAUGACUUCAAUUUUCUUGAUGAAAAGGAAAAAGGAAUGGACAAUGGGGCCCUGCCAAAUGAGACAAGUAGCAAGAGUAUGGAAGAUACAAAUACUGAUGACGAAGCCACUAAAUUUAGAUUUAAAAUCAAAGAGAUUCAUCUUUCAGGAGUCCUUAGCAAAGCCGGAAGCAAGCAAUGUUGGGGUACUGCAACUCAGCAACAGUCUGGUAUCCGGUGGUUGCUUGCCAGCGGCAUAACCAGUACUGCCAAACAUUCCUCUUCAACAUCAAAGGCAAUUGUAUUAUCAUCCCCACUGUUUGCCAAGACGUUGCUGAAUGAGGAUAUCCUGUGGAGCAUUUCUUGUGUUAAUAGUAUCAUGGGGACUAAUAGUAGAGAGCUGCCAGCUGAAAAUGUACACAUUCGGAACCCAGAUAUCAUCUUCCCAAGUUGAACUGUUAGAUAAUUUCUUACGUGCAGUUUUAGCCAUUUUUUUUAAAUUUCUCCAUGUAGAUAGUUACUAUAGUAUGUUGUCAAGAAGUUAUACGAGUCAGCUUGCCCAAAUUUUUAAAAUGUAUGUUAAAAUUUCUGGCCUUCUCGGAAGCGACCCUUUCUUCUUUCAAUCACCUAUACACAGUUUGGCUGUUUUGUUUUCUUUGAUGUGCAACUGCUAAUGCUGCUUGCAAUUAAUAAAAUGUAAUUGAUUAUGUCUAAA